AUGAAUAAGUGUUAUUUUCAUCCCAAGGAGUUGGUUGUGGGGGUUUGUGCAUUGUGCUUGAAUCAAAGGCUUUUAGUUUUGGCUUCAAAGCAAGGACGUAUUCAACAACCAAAGAAACCAUCCAUGGCCUUGCCCAAGAUUUUUGCACUAAAUGGCCAAGAAAUCAGACACCAUAAAUCCGACUAUUGUCUUAGUUCCUCCAGCAGUCGAGAAGAAGCCUUUAUAUCGAUCAAGUUUGAAGACAAUGGUGUUGCCUCUUGGGACAAGGGCACAACCAAGAAAAUCAAGAGUGUAGUAGAGCAAGAGAAGCUGCGUAGAACGCUAAUGUGGCGGAGGCGGAUUGGCUACCUCUUCCAGCUCAGCAGAUGGAGGAGAUCUAGUAAACACAAUGUGGGUACAAAGUUAGAAGGUGCAAAGUUUAGAUAUGGAUGGAUAAGAACCCUUGCAAAGAGAAGGACCAAAGAAUAA